CACAGGUGUACUCGGAAUAGUUUCAAUGACGGGCGAACGCGCAGCAGCGUUCACCUCUGUUUCAGUACUCAGGGCGCGUUCACUCGAAGUGGUUAUACACAUGCAAUAAAGAAAAGAUUCGCAUUUUGUGACAUCAGAGCGCGAUAGAACGUAUCGAGUAUCGAGCGAGAAAAAUUAUACGGGUGGAUCUUUAACCAGUAAAUCUUCUAGUGAAUUCGACGAUUUUCUGACAGCUCGUUUUCAGAAGAAGCGAAAACACCGAAAAUCUAGGAAGACUCCUCGUGGGUUUACAAGUGAAAAUCUGGACUCUGGGGUGUCAUAUAGUUAUGAGAAGCAAGAAGACGGAGCGUGCAUGCUGAGGCGACCGACGUUUAGUGACUUUUCCAAGAUCGACCGGAAAGUCCUUAUGGUAGGUGAGGGGCGUGAACGAUCUUUCCCGAGCGAGAUCCAGAGGCUGAAGGGCUGGCCCCGACGUUGGAUCCACUCGGCCAGCACCUACAUUUAGAAUAACAACGAUGACCGAUCGUAACGAGAACCUGCUAUUAAAACCAACAAAUCAACUGAACGUGCAACAGGUACCCCACAAAUCUGCCUGCAAUUGGAACAACAAUAACGAUAUUCGCAACAACGGCUCGACGAACUUGAUCAAAAGAGACGGACUAACCGCGAGAGAUCCAAAUUAUUAUCCACGAUCGAACAGCUAUCAGAGAGAUCAAACAAAUUCGAAUUAUCGUCUGCCGAGAAAGGCGCCCAUCGUUGGCUGGCAAAAUGGCAGUCCAACGGUAUUUCCAAGCACACCGUGUGGCACGCCAGAUCCAGAAACGCACGAUACGAUCGAUUUGUCUCGUUCCCAAAGCGUCGCCUCGUCUACGAAAUAUUCAGAGAUCGAUCCAGAUUCUGGGAACACCGAAGACCUCAGUAGUUUGGCGGACGAAAGACUUCUUCUGUCUACACCAGCUCAUACCAUCGAUCGAAGCGUGGAAUCAUUGUCACCCGAUAAGGACACUUUCUUAACGACAUCUCCGGAAAUUGGCAAAAGCAAGGAUCUAAGUUUGACCGACGAUAUAGAGGACAAGAUCGAUCUACUGAGUCCUGGAACAGAUUGCACGGACGACAGAGCACCACCUACUCCUGUUGACAAUAGUUCCCUGGCCUCGCCGAAUCUUACGAUAGACCCUAUACCUGUCAAUAAAAUCAAGUUAAUAAUAACAACCCCGUUAGCCAACGAGUUGCCCCCGUUUGAAAAAAACGACGGAUCCAACAAUUGGAGAUAUUUGGAGGCAAAGCCAAUAAUCACCCCUAAUCCUGGCUACAGAGACGACACGAGGGAUUCUAUCGAUUCCGAUAGCACUUUAGACGACGAAUUAGCCAACAAGGGAAAAAGGAAACCUAAAGUGCCAGAUGGUGGAUGGGGUUGGGUAGUCGUAUUGGCUUCUUUGGUCAUCUCCAUGAUAGCCGAUGGAGUGUCCUUCAGUUUCGGCCUUUUGUACAUCGAAUUCCUUAAAGAAUUCGGUGCGUCUAAAUCGAAAACAGCCUGGAUAGGUUCUCUUUUUAUGGCUGUACCGCUUUUGUCCGGUCCUAUAAUGUCGGCCUUGGUAGAUCGUUACGGAUGUAGGAGCAUGACCAUCGUAGGUGGCCUGAUCUCAGGAAUAGGCUUCGUGUUGAGCUCCUUUAGCAAUUCCAUCGAGGUAAUGUAUUUGACUUUUGGAGUCAUCGCUGGUCUGGGUUUGGGUUUGUGUUACGUCACUGCGGUCGUGAGCAUCGCGUAUUGGUUCGAUAAGAAGCGAACCCUAGCUGUAGGAUUGGGCGCCUGUGGCACAGGGAUCGGUACCUUUUUGUACGCACCCAUGACCACGUAUUUCAUCGAGGAAUAUGGCUGGAGAGGCACUUGCUUGCUGCUAGCAGGCACCUUCUUCAACAUGAUCGUUUGUGGUACGGUAAUGCGCGAUCCUGAAUGGUGGAUCUUGGAACAGGAAAAACAGAACGGUGCAACCCCGAAAAAAUCGACGACCAAGUCCGAAUGCGAUAGAUCCAGUAUCAGCCCUGCAGACGAGUUUCCUGGGGUCGAGGAAUUGAGAAGAAUGCUGAAGAGCGGACAUACGCCGGAGUAUUUGUUACAGAUUCUCAGCGCCACCACGGACGGUCCACAGACGGCGAACGGGGAUAUUAGAUUUAGAAGCGUGGUUAACCUACCUACUUUCGUGAAGCACAAUGAAAAGGUGCCCGUAGAAGUAUUAGAAUCGCUUUCCAGUAACCCGAGACUGUAUAAGGUCAUUUUGGAGAACUAUCCCAACCUUCUAUCAUGUAGAAGUUAUUCGGAUAAAAUGCUACAAGAUUCCACUGGAGAAGUCGGCAAUAAGAGUCGCGUCACAAUGUCUAUGAGGAUCAAACAAGCACCUGACGAAUCAAAACAUGACAAUUCGUAUGCAACGAAUAAUGUUCACUCAGGGGCUGCAUGCAACACCAUAAAGAAUCACAUAACGAAAAGGAUAUCUAAAAAAGAAUCAGAAGAAGCCAAUCCUCUCUUGGUCAAAGAACUUGAAUAUACAAUGAGCGAAGGACGAAAAUCAAAAUCGAUUUCUAAACAACGCAUAGCGGACCUUAGUUGUGGAGUCGUCAGAACGGAUUCUCUCCCGUGGUUAAGAAGACAAUUUAAUACCAAUACUCACCAUUUUAAAGAUAUUAGAGUUCACAGGAACUCGGUCAUGUAUCGUGGUGCUGCUCUUAAUUUGCACAAAUACAGAUUAAGAGCCAGUAGUUGUCCUGAUAUUUAUAGGAAUAGUAUGACUACAUUAGCCAAAGAAAACGAAGAGAAAUGGUACAGCGAAUUAGUAGACUUACUGAAGGGUAUGAUGGACUUUUCAAUGUUCCUGGAACUGCACUUUUUAUUCCUCUCACUGUCAACGAUCUUGCUGUUCACUUGGUUCAUUGUGCCUUACUUUUAUCUUGCCGAGCAUCUUACCAGAAACAGUUACAUCGAGUCUGAUGCUGCGAAUCUCCUUAGUAUUAUCGGCAUUACUAAUACGAUUGGAAUGAUCGGUCUUGGAUGGGCAGGAGAUCAACCUUGGAUGAAUGUUAGUAAAACCUACACCUGGUGUCUGGUUGCUUGCGGCGUGGCAACGAUUUUAAUGUCAACGUUAACUCCUUAUUAUAAUCUGCUGAUGGUCACCUCGGCAGCGUUCGGUCUCUUUUUUGCGAGUAGCUUUAGUUUUACUCCUGUUAUAUUGGUAGAGUUGAUACCUUUAGAGAGAUUCACCACUGCCUACGGCCUUAGUUUACUUUGUCAAGGUAUAGGAAAUCUUCUUGGUCCACCACUGGCUGGUUGGAUAUUUGACGUAACGGACUCGUGGGACUUGUCCUUUUGUUUGGCUGGUGGAUGGAUUGUUAUUUCUGGGUUUUUGGUAGGCCUCAUUCCGUACACAAAAAAUCGGAAGAUUUGGGGCAAAGGACCCAUCGAAAUGGAGCGUGACAGAGAUAGUAUAGCUUGAAUUUAUUAUUAAUCGACUCGACUCU